AAAAUCCGCCUCCGUGAUUGGUAGGUCCCUCGUCUUUUACGCCUUGGUUGGUCAGCAAAGCGUGACGUCACACUCCACCCUCGGCAGUAGGGAACCCGCGCCCGACGGACAGGCACUGCACGUUCAGAAGCGCGGAAGCGAAGACGCACUUUCGGUUGGCUGUUCCUGAAAUCAUUCACAGUGGCGAUGCUUGUAGAAGGCCCCGUUGACCCCAAUAAGCUCGAGGCGGACGACGGAGACCUCCAGGAGGAGCACCGGAAGGACUCUGCCCGGGAAAAGAAAUCCAAAGGAUCCCGGAUGGGAGGAGACACGUCGCCCUUCGCCAUGGACAACCGCGACCCGAACAGCCUCAAUCCGCACAUCCAGGUGCUGUGGGACGACAUAGUGGGUGAGCCCGAGGGGCUGCGGACGCCGGACGGAUGCUGGAACUGUUCCAUAAAGUGUUAUGACGGAACAAGGCGUUGUUGUUACGUGCUGCUGGUGAUCUUCUUCGCCCCCUUCAUCGCAUGCUGCAGCGGCUGCCAGUUUGCCUGCUUGGCGUUCAACCAAGUCUGGUGCGUGGGCCCCUGUCUGAGGCUGUGGAAGAUCAACCUGGCCACCGUGAAGAAGUUCUGGGAGGCCUGGCUCUUGGCCAUGUGCAGCCCGAUCUGUGACAUCUGUGGCAUCUGCUUCUCCAAGGCCAAGGUCCGCUACCAAAAGCUGCCGGACUCGAACGACUCCGAGCCCGUCGACUACUUCACCGUCUGAAGAAGUUCGUCGAUCGCUGCCCAGGCUGACCAGCAGACCAAAGACAUUCCUUCGAACUAAACCUUAUACUGAUUGUUAUGAGUUAUAUAUAUUUACAUGUUUAAUUCUCUUCACGUUUCAUCUAAACUCAGUAAAAUCCAGACAUACAUUGCGUUUAAGACUUUGAUGAUAAACAACGAAAUAAUUUUCAUGAGCAUUUUUUUGUCAGUCUUUUCUUUGCCUUUAUUUUACAAGGGAGGCCUCUUUUUCUGUACUUUAAAGGUAAUUCUUUUCAUAUCACAGGUAGAAAGCAUACCUCUAUUUUUAUGAAGAAUAUAUAGUCUUAAAACUUAGUUAGGAUAGUCUAGUUUUGAUAAGCUAAGCGUGAGUGCACGACACGGUCUUUAAGUACAGAUGUCAUCUCUUUCUCUUGCAACAUGAGGGAAACUUGUUCGCAGCGGAUGGUGUUUCCAGUGGCGUAAAUUGCAUGCUCUAAUUUUCCAAUCGGGUGAAAUAAUAAGCACUAAAUAUUAAUCCAUGCCAAUGUCAACCAAAUAUAUCUUUGAUGUUACAAAGUUAUGUCUGAGUUAAUGUUAGAUUACAGAAAAAAGGUCUUCGUGUCACAAUCCUGGCUCUGUAAUACGAUUGGUGUUUCUCUGCGAAAUUCACAGAUAAAUUGUUUUCACACCUGAUAUACUGGUGGCAUCUGUUGUCGCAUCUUUUGUUGCAAUGACAGCAUGAAGGGAAGGUUUUAUUUCAAGGAGAGCUAUUUGGGAGUCAAAGAAAACCACUAUCAGUACCUAUGUAGCAACGGGAAAGACCUAAACAAAGAACAGACUAGCAAUCGAUACAUGAAGUGUUACCAAAUUACGUUUUAAUACCCCAAACCGUUAAAAAGAAAGCUGUUAACGAAUUUCGUUAAGAAUGUUGAAGCAGAUCCUGCAUUCAUGAGCUUACGGGAUGAAACCCAGGAAGCUGAGAAGCUCCAGCUUUCUUCGCCUGCCUUCGAUUUGUGUGACCUUUCCCUUAACUGUGAUAAAGUAGCGCGAACGCCGGGGCCAGUGAGUGCUUAGGGACGCACGGAGUGGUCGAAUAUCUUACAUUAAUUAUAUAUAUGUACAAGUUAAUAACAAGCAAAAUAUUAAGCAAGCAUGUUUGCCUGAAGGUGUUUAUGACAUGCCAUGAACCUUUAUGUCUGAGUGUUUUGUUCUGAGUGCGUACUCCCUCUACAAUCGAGACAUCGGCCAGAGACAAUAGAACGAACCCAAAGCAGCAGUCCGUAAUACUUGUACAAAUAGUUCCUUCUCCUUCUGGCCAAUAAUCGUGUAUGUAGUGUAAUCACAAAAAUAUUGACAAUAACUAAAGGCGAAAUCACCCCGUGGCAAUGGAAUCCAAAAGUAUGUACGGAAUUGCAAAAGGAAGGUGGUGGCGUACCUAGGGUGAACCAGCCGCGUAAGUGCCCUGGUGUCAAAUCAAGAUCGCCUUCCCGAGUAUUCAUUUCGUUGAUAUCGUCUUCUUUCUUAAAGCAAAGAUGCAUUUCUUUGGAAAUGUGCCUGUACCAUGUCUCCAGGCACUUAACGUCCAGGACCCUCAAUAGAAUCCAUUGGCCUGCGCCGUCUGCCCCAGACACGCCUCUACCUAUGGGCAUGGCAGGGUAUAUUCCCAUGUCCUUAUAUUCUAAAUAUGCAUGCAUCUAUACUCUAAAUUUGAUCUGUUGUUUGGCCAUUUUCCUGUGCAGUUAUAAUUUUAUUUUAUCGCAAGCUGUGGAAUAGAAUGAGGAUAUCAUAAACAUAUUGUAUUAUCAGUAUAUUAAAUGAACACAUUUCGUGUUUGCAAGUCUACAGAUGGUGCGACGUGUGGGUAACAAUCCAUUUUCAUGCUACAUUUGUAAUGUAUUCUCUAAACUAUAUUUCCCUGUACAUUUUAAAAAUGCAUUUACAAAAAGCCAAAUACAUAAAUAUUUACAUAAGACGGAAAAUAUUUUUGGUACAAAAUGCUCUUCUGGCGUUGUCUCUGGACUUUGUGUUGGCUGCCGGGGAUCCGUGUUUCACAGUGUUUGCAUUUUGAACACACAUUUGCAUAAUAAACUGUAUGUGAAGCAG